GAUUUGAAAUUCAUCUGAGCGUAUUCAAAUUAACCAAAAUGACAUACAAUUACGUUAUCAGGGAUCUUCCGAUUUACAAAGCAGCCUUGCUUGAUGAUUGGGAAUCUGUAAGUCAAAUCUUCAAACAAGAUCCAGACUUGAUGACCAAACAGAUUGGCUACUGGUCAGAGACUCCGCUAAUCAUAGCCGUGGGAACGAAUCGCUCGCAACGUUUCGUGAAGAAGUUGGUGGAACGUAUCAUUGAAGUUGGUGCAGCUGAUAAGUUGUUUACUGCGACUUGGGGUGGAAGCAACCCGUUGCAUUAUGCUGCUAAGGUUGGAAAUCUGAUGGCUACAAUGCUUUUGGUGGAGCAGAAACCUUCUAUGACCCGUGUUCCAAAUCCCUACGGUAAUACGCCAUUGAAACUGGCCGCAUGGCAUGGAAACAAGAAAACGCUUCAAUAUUUGUUGACCGUGACUCCGGAUUUGCCACCACCUGGUAGUGAGGAAGGGACUGGUCCGUACACCGGAGUUGCUGGUGGCGAUCUCAUUACUCUUACAAUUAUGGCUGGAUUCUAUGAUGUGGCGUUGAAAAUAAUUGAUAUGCACCCAAACAUCGUGCUUGAAUCUGAUAGGAACAGCGAAACGGCUUUGCAAGCACUAGCUAUGAAACCCGAAAAUUUUCUUAGUGGAAGCAGGCUUGGAUUUUGGGGUCGUCUCAUCUAUUCAUUGAUCCCUAUAAAGAAGAGUCAAGAUGCUCGUAAAGUCAACAUCUUCUUAAGUAUUUUCAAUAAGCUUGUUGCUGGAUUUUGGAGGGGCCUUCAUUUCGUGGCUCCAGCAAUCAAGAACAUCCAUGAUAGCAAGGCAAUGCAUGCUCAGAGCAACAUUCUUGUAAAGCGUAUAUGCGAAAUUCUUAUAGGAACGGAGGAUCAUGACAAAGUUUGGAAGAUUUUAGGAUCUGGGAUAACUACAGCAGUCAAAUACGGGGCUUAUGAACUUAUUGAGGAAUGUAUAUUAACUUACCCUGGCAUAAUCUGGUAUAGUGUCGAAGGGCUUUACAUGUUUCAUGCAGCAAUCAAGGAACGCCAAGAACGAGUAUACAAUCUUAUAUACCAAAUGUCUGAUCACAAAGUAUUUGUAGCAACUCAGCUUGAUAAGGAAAACGAAAAUGCAUUACACAUGGCAGCAAAGUUAGCCCCACCUCAUCGACUUAAUGUUGUUACUGGUGCAGCUCUGCAAAUGCAGCGUGAGCUUCAAUGGUUUAAGGAAGUGGAAAAGUUUAUAGAGCCCUCAUAUAAAGAAGCCUUGAAUACAGAAAAACAAACCCCAAGAAUGGUUUUCACUGAUAAACAUAAAGACUUACUUAAAGAAGGGCAGGAAUGGAUGAAAGAUACAGCGUCUUCAUGCACCGUAGUAGCAGCACUCACAGUGACAAUGGCAUUUGCAGCUGCAUUCACUGUCCCUGGUGGAAACCAAGAUAAUGGGAAACCUUUGUUCUUAGAUGAUGGAGUUUUUAUGCUUUUUAUCGUAUCAGAUGCCAUUGCCUUAUUCUCUUCAACUACUUCAGUGUUGAUGUUCUUAGGGAUACUUACUUCACGAUAUGCAGAAGGUGACUUUCUCUAUGCGCUACCAAAGAGAAUGACGAUUGGACUCGUCUCUUUAUUCUUAUCGUUAGUAGCCGCUAUGAUAGCAUUUAGUGCGACCAUAACGCUUGUGGUUCGCGAUAAAGUAACAUGGAUUGCAGCUCCAGUCGUUAUAGCAACGAGUAUUCCAGCAUGUUUGUUUGCGUUGUUGCAAUUUCCUCUACUCGUGGAACUUGUUUAUUCCACAUAUGGACCAAGCGUUUUUCGCAAACAGAAUGAUCGAUGGAUGCAUUAGCUAUAUGUCAAUUUGUGUGUGUGUGUUUUUCUUGGACAAGAUGUUGCAAUGUAUUAAUUGUCCCGCAUUGAAUUUAUGUGUGAAAUA